AAAAACUGAUCGGACCGGUGAAACGUCGUUAGUCAUGUCAUCGAUGACGGAGAACGAGAAGGAGAGAGAUCCACAGCAAGAGAUUGAAGAGACUACUCCGUUGCUCGAAGAGCCUCAAACUGACGGUGAACUGAGAUCGAAUGCCGCGGCGGCGAAGGUGCCGGAAGUGGAGAUCCAUUUGUAUAAGAGUGGAAAAGGUCCGAUCGAUGUGUUCAAGUCAAAUCUCGGCGGUUAUGAGCAGGAUCAGCUCGAGGUUAGGCCUAUUCUUGAGAAAUAUGGUCUCAAAUCAAUCUUCGCUUUCAACGUCGAGAAAGGUCGUGCUGUUCCGAUCCGAUUUCAUCCUAGGAAUGGCCGGUCUGUGCUGCCUUACAGGGAUGGUGCCGUCAUCUACAUCGAUGGUGAACCUCAGGAUUCCCUGAUCAAACCCAUCACAAGAAUCAUUCUUGGAGUCGUGAUUGUUACGCUCUUAAUAACGUUUUUAUUGAAAGACCCUCCAGCGUGGAUCAAGAACAACAUCUCCAUUGGGACCUUUCCUCCGUGGGUGCUCGCCUGCAUAGUAAUAGUAUUCACUCGAGGUAGGAAGAGAACCAGAGACUUCUUGAAGAAGCAUGGCUGGUAGUUUGGCAGACCCUAACACUGGUCUCGUUUGAAAUGUGGUCGAAAUUGUAGUCUUUAAUCGACCAUAGAUAUAGAGGUUCUCUUGUCUUAACCGAACAAGUUCCUUUCUUUCGUAACACCCUUUGUCUUUGAUAAGCCUUGAGGCGCCAAAUUGCUUGCUUUCAGAACCAAGAGAGAGAGAGAGAGCAAGCAUUUUCUCAAUAUCUGCUAAACUUUAUAGUUUUAUCGUGCGAUGUGGUUUUUUUUCCAUUUUAAUGGAAACUGAUACUUGUUUUUACAAAACAAAGGUUUAGUAUAAAUCUAGAAGCCUGUCCAUUUUACUUA